AUGAAUUCCGGUCGUGUCUGGGGAGAGCCACCUAAUACCAUGAAUGACACACUCCCCUCAAGGGAUACUGCUCGUAAUGAGUUCACCGGCGUCCCAGGCCACGCCUCAAGCGGGCACACAAACCACAAAGUGGCGCACCUUUUCAUUAAUAACACCUUCGUGAUGUCCAAAUCGAAGAGCUGGACCACCGUUCUCGAUCCCGCAACGCAAAGCCUUGGUGCGAGAGUGCCGGAUAGCACUCCCCAAGAGAUCCAACAGGCUGUCAAUGCUGCCCAGGCGGCACAGCCGGAAUGGGAAAACUUGGGGUUCUUCGACCGACGGGACUGUCUUUUAAAGCUUGGUGGUAUUCUGAAAGAGAUGGCUCCAGCGAUCUCCGCAUUCCUUCGCCGCGAAGUAGGCAAGAUACCCGCAGAGGCGGAUUCAGAGGUCUUUCGUGGUCUGGAUUCGAUCUAUGCUGCGUGUUCCAUUGGUCCAGAGAUGGCUGGCGCGUACAUCGGAUCCGAUCCUACGAUACUUCAGACUGUGUACGAACCAUUAGUGGGUAUCCUGAACCAACAUGGCUGGCUGCAAGGAACUGACCAGGGAGUAUACCAGGGAGUUUGCGUCUCAAUUACCCCGUUUAGUUACCCUUUCAUGAUCCCCCUGUGGUCUACGCCGUAUGCCCUGAUCACCGGCAAUACCGUGGUUCUGAAACCCUCGGAGAAAACGCCAUCGGUGUCAUGGCUUCUGGCAGAGGCGUUUAUCAAGGCCGGAUUCCCACCGGGGGUUUUCAACAUUAUCCAUGGAACCGCAGCCACUGCCCAGCUACUGGUAACGCAGCCAGCGGUAAAGGCCGUCAAUUUCGUAGGCUCCGAAUCAGCCGCGAAACAGGUCCACGACCUUGCGCAGAGGGACGGUAAACGGGUCCAGGCAGAGUGCGGGGGCAAGAACCAUGGAGUCGUUGUAGAAGAUGCUGGCAUGAUGCCAACGCUCUUUGCGAUCGCGGGCAGCGCAUUUGGUGCCGCGGGCCAACGAUGCAUGGGCCUGAACGUUGUUGUCUUCGUGGGCAACACCCGGGAAUGGAUACCGAAACUGAUCGAAUUGGCCGAGUCCAUGGUUCUGGGCUGUGACGGGGAUGAGGCAGCCCAGAUUGGUCCACUCAUUGACCGGGCAGCAAAGGACAACGUCGUCGGCAUUAUUGACCGUGCGGUAGAGGAGGGCGCAAUGCUUCUGCUGGAUGGGCGCCAUGCGCACGUCCCAGACUAUCCCCGUGCGAACUUUCUAGGUCCGACUGUUCUGAUCGGAAUCGAAACUUACAUGGAGUGCUAUCAGACGCAGGUCUUUGGCCCGGUCCUCAUCUGCAUGCAAGUUGGGAAUCUGGACGAGGCCAUCCAAUUGAUCAAUGAGAAUAAAUAUGGCCAUAGCUGUACUAUUUUCACCUCGAGUGGUAAAAGCGCCCACACGUUCCAACGCCGUGUCAAUAUCGGGCAGGUUGGAGUCAACAUCCCGUUAGUUGCCCCGUAUGGCACUGCUGUCCGAACAAGUAACAAGGACUCGUUCCUGGGAGACCGGCCUGCUCCAGGAAAGUCACACUGGCCAUUCUACACGGUCACCAAGACCGUGUCGUCUAAAUGGGUUGAGUAG